GGUAAUCUGGGGCAUCUGGGGCCUCGGACUUUGUGGGGUGUAUAACGCCAUGGAGCUGCUAUUCGCACCAACGGUGCUGCUGCUUAUAAUAGUCCUAUCCAUCAAAAUAUUUUGUUGAGUAAUCCCCGUUCAACAGGUUGCGGAUUGCCUUUGGGUUGACUUCUACUUGCCUGCUCGGCGUUAACUUAAAUCUAUCUUGCAAAGGACAGCUUUCAAGCUCUUGAAAAUGUCACUUUCCAAAUCUGCUAAACGGGUCGCAUUCCGAUCUUUGGAAUCGUACUUUAUGCAGCUUUAUACACAUCCUUUGCGCACUAAAUCAAUAACCAGUGCUAUCAUCUAUGUACUUGGUAAUUAUACAUCCCAACGUAUAUCAGGCGGAAAGGCUCUGGACAAAAACAGUAUUUUUGCUUUUGGUGCCUAUGGAUUACUCUUUGGCGGAUCCAUUCCACAUUACUUCUUUGAAUGUUUAGAAUGGCUAAUUCCAGGAACAUCUCAUCUUGCCGUUGUAAAGCAGCUACUAUUUCAAAGAUUAAUUUUCACCCCACUCUAUCAACUUUUUACUUUGUACACCAUUUCCCGCCUGGAAGGUCGAACACACCGUCAAGCUAUUCAUCAGCUCAUCCCAAUUUAUGUGCCUGUUUUGGUUGCUAACUGGAAGUGGCUCACAGCUCUAAGCAUCAUCAAUCUAACAGUUGUGCCGCCAGUCCUACGUGUUGUCUUCAUGAAUUUAGUUGGUUUUGUAUGGAGUGUCUAUAUUGCAACUAAAAGGAGGAAACCCUCAGACCGAAGAGGUGGCAGUGGAAGAGGUGGAUCCCGUCCAGGCGUUUAGACCUUAUUCACACCAACUUUUCCAGAACAAGAUUUUGUUAAUUUCUCAGCAUUUCAACCAGCUUGUAUAAUAUAGUAAGCCUGUAAGCUCCUUUGAUCAAACUAUUUUUAUUGCAUUUAUUUUUGAUGUUAUUGCAUUUAUUGUAACUUCAUUUUGAAGAUACCUCUGCUCAUAGUUUAUUUUUUAUGAAUUUUAUAUUUUAUUUCCAACAAUGAAGUGUUAGGAAUUAGUGGGAUCAACAUACCUACCUAUACAUGGUGCUAUUUAACUGGAGAUGGUGUAGUUAUCUCUUUUGUAAAGAUAGGAGACAAAAUAAAAUGUUCUCAGUCAAAUA